UCCUGUAACCUCAGGUUGACCACCCGACCAAGGAGGGAAAGAGAAGCCUCGGUCGGACGGCCACUACCUUGUGGGGUUUCUUCCACCCGCUUAUUUCCACCGUCAAGAUCAAGCUAUGGAAUUCGGUCUCCAAAGCAGUCAGAAGAUUGGCUUCUCGCCAUGGUGGUCCAACGCUAUCUCACUGGUAGACAGCCUGAGCACAAGAGUCGUCGAGUUCUUCAGGAAGGUGAAGAAGACCGGAGAAGAUGACCCGCGACGGAUCGGGCACUCCUUCAAGGUUGGGUUGGCUCUCACAAUGGUCUCCGUCUUCUACUACGUGACGCCCCUCUUCGAUGGCUUCGGGGUUUCCACCAUGUGGGCGGUGCUCACCGUAGUGGUGGUGAUGGAAUACACAGUUGGUGGAACUCUAAGCAAGGGCCUCAACAGGGCUUUCGCAACACUACUUGCUGGUGCACUGGGAGUAGCAGCUCAUCAGAUAGCGGUCCACUGCGGAGAGAAAGGAGAACCGAUACUUCUCGGCCUCUUCGUCUUCGCACUUGCCGCGGCGGCGACGUUCUCUCGAUUCAUACCGGAGAUCAAAGCAAGAUACGACUACGGGGUGACGAUAUUUAUACUGACGUUUAGCCUUGUGGCGGUGUCGAGCUAUCGGGUGGACGAGUUGGUGCAGCUGGCUCACCAGAGGCUCUCCACCAUUGCCAUUGGCGUGGCCACUUGCCUGUGCACCUCAAUCUUCGUCUUCCCCAUCUGGGCAGGAGAAGAUCUCCACAAGCUUGUGGCUGGAAACUUGGAAAAGCUUGCGAGCUUCCUCGAAGGACUGUCGGCAGAAUGCUUUGCGGAGAAAGGAGGGAUUGAGAAUUUGGAGGGCAAAACCUUUCUGCAGGCCUACAAGAGUGUCCUCAACUCCAAGCCCACUGAGGACUCCUUGGCAAAUUUUGCGAGGUGGGAGCCGUGCCAUGGUCGUUUCUGGUUCCGUCACCCGUGGAAACAGUACCUAAAGAUUGGAGCUCUCAGUCGUCAGUGUGCUUCUUCCAUGGACGCUCUUGCUGCCUACAUCAUCACCACCUCCACAAAAUCCAAGACGAACACGGAUCCGGAUCUCCAACUAAGGAUCCGAGCUGCAUGCAAGGAGAUGGCCACCGAAUCCGCCAACACGUUGAAGGAGCUUUCAACGGCUAUCCGGACCAUAACCGUGCCUUCCGCGGCCGGCCGGCACGCGUCGGCAGCCGUGGCGGCGAUCGGAAAAUGGAGGGACUCCCUUUCCGACGACAUCGCCCUGCCCGAAUUCCUCCACGUGGCGACCACCGCUUCCCUCCUCGCCGAUUUGGUCCUCCGGGUCCAGAAGAUCGCGGGCUCGGUUGAAGAGUUGGCUCGCCUCGCCCACUUCAAGCGACCCGAGCCGCUAGUUCACGACGCCAAGAUUAAGCCGGUUGUCGACGAACAUAGCCGGUCACACCUGUCCAUUACCUUAGAGAAAUAA